AUGACUACAGAAGUCAGCCCACACCCUUAUGACGAUCAGCAGCAGCAGGUCUCUGCUACCGCUGAAAAGAAUAUUCAAAUUUCUCAACAUCAAGAGCAAAAAUGUACUUUAUUGACGGAAGGUCGAGACUUAUUUAAAGCGUGGUGUGAAAGUAACCCUGAGCUUGAAGUGGAUGUCGAUGAUGUUCGUUUUCCGAAACGGCCAAAUAAUAUACAGAAGUCAAAAUUUGGAAGUUUGAGAAGUAAUUACAAUAUUAAUUUUUAUAAGAAAAGAUCACACCCACAAGAGGGUGGUGGCGGAUUUCUAGAUUCUUCGAAAGGACCAUCACCAUUAGAUCAUGAUAUUAAUCGUGACGAGAAUGCAGAAACGAUGUUUUCGUCUACGGGAAUGACUCCUUUUCAGCCAAAAUCAACUCAAAAUUACAUAUUUGAAAAACCACCUAGUUACAUGGAACAUGACAACUCCGUAGAACCCGAGAAAAUCGAAAUAGAAGGGACCGGUGAAAUUGAUUUGGUUAAACUCAAUAAUAAUCAGUCGGUUCAUGAUCCAACAAUGGAACUAGGCCGUCUAUACCGUCAUACGGUAGAACUUGCGAAAAAGCUCAAAGAAUCAGAGAAAAAUCUCGCGACUGUUGCAAGACAACAUGAAGAUCGAAUCGAAGAGCUGCAGCAGAAAUUGGAGCAAACUAAACAAGAUUUGAUACAGAAAAAACGGGAAAUUCAAGAUCACAAGAGCAAAGAGAAGGCGAAUUUGCAUCAGAUUUCGGCGCUCGAAAAUGAGGUGCAAAAAGUCGGUAGAAAUUUAACGAGUCAGAAACAACUGUACAAUAAUUUAAAAAGACAAUAUGAAGAACAGUGCACGGAGGCUGAAAGAUUACGAGAGGAAGCUGAACGACUGAGAGAUGCUUUACGAAAAAGAGAGGAUGCUGUACGAAAAAGGGAUGCGCAAUUAAAAAACUCGGAAGCGAGUCUGACUAAUUUCUCAAAUGAACAAUUGAAGCUCGAUAAUAAAUAUAUUGAGAAUUACUUGAAAUCAAAUAAUUUCCUUGACAAUAUAAUUACUGAUCAAGUCGAAGAUUCGAAGAAUAAUUUAGAGCUUGAACUAACGCGAAGCGUACAGAAAGAGGAGAAAACAGCAGGCUCUGACUCGAAUAAUGAAGAACCUGAAAUUCGUGGUGAACGAGGUGAACAUCGGAGCAGCAAGUCGCAUCGACGUCGAACAACUGAACAAUCGUCAAAUGGUGGCAGUGAUAUUUUGACAAAUGAAGUCGCCUCCGGUGAGGGAACUCUCACACGAACAAACUUAUCAUCGACACCAUCAUCAACAACAACUUAUGACCCAGAAAAAAAUAGAUCCUUGUCGAUAAUGGAUCAACAAUCACCGCAUCAAGAACACACAAUACGAAAAUCGCAGCGAUCUUCGUCUCACCGUCAAUCAAUGGAUGAUCCAAUCGUCAACCACUUCCGGGAUCUUUCUUCGGAACUUGGGCAGCAAUAUUCGAUUAUUGAAGAUUUCGGGAACCUAAUGCGAAACCAGCAGCAGCAACUGACACAGUCUCCGAAUACUGAUUUAAUGAGGAAUUCGUCAAGGACAACAAGAAAACAGCCACGUAACAAUCGUAAACGAGUAGUGACACCAAUCUCAGAAGCAGAGGCUGCAAUAAACUCCGACACACCAACCACCACAACCCCAACAAUCUACACAUCAAAAACAUUAGUCCCACGUAACACGGCAAACAUGGCCGUCUCAUCACAAGUGAACAGCACCGUCACAUUCGCACUAUACACACUAGUGGUCUACCUGUUCGGGAUAAUCACGUCUGUGUUUGUGCUUGAUGGUAAUCAAGGUACCAAUGCGGGAUAUUCAGAUUGGAUAGGAUUUGAUUCGGCGCGUGAGGACAGUGUAAUGGCGCGUUCAAUUCAAAUUAUUCUGUAUUGGUUUGAGACUCUGUUGAAUGAUGGGAACAAUAUGGUGCCUACAUAG